AUGCCUAGUCAUGCUACUAAUGUAUAUAAUGAUAUUGAUGCUGGAAUGCUUCUACUGUCUUUGUCGUUAAACGAGAGAUCAAAUAAUGACAGAGACUUGAAGAUUGAAGAAGUAUACGACAACAUUUAUGAUGACCCAAUGGAUAUUGAUGAUACAGAUGAUUUAUCCAAUCACAUGGAAAUAGACGAUACCACUUUUGAGAUAGAUAACGUCAAGGGUGAUGAUUUUGGAACUGGAACGGAAAGUGACGAUAAAGAUAUUAGUGAAGAAGCACAACAGGAAGAUGGAUUGUUUUCUUUAUUAUCUCCUACGUUAAUGGGAGCAAAACUUGCAAUUAAGAAACCAUUACUAUUAAUGCCUCCACCAACAGUUUUGGAACCAUCUAACGCAAAAGCUGAAAGUACACUUCCCGAUGUAGAUUAUGAAUAUGACACUAGUUCAUUCACCCCUAUGAAAAACGAUGCAAUGAUUACCCGAAAAGCCAACACUAGUACAUUUCAACCAAGCAAUAUAAACUUAUUUUUAUCCCACAGCAAUGAAAUGCCACUGGGUCAACUGUUGGGCGAGUAUCAAAACUUACAUAGCAAUUAUCAACAGCCAGUGACUAUCCAUAAUCAUCACCAUCAUUAUUAUUAUAACAAUAAAGAUGACUCAGUAUCAUCAGCGCCACCUCGCAAUAGUAAUUUACAAUCACUCGAACAAGAGAAAAGAAAUUUGCAAAUGCAACAAUACAAACAGCAAUUAGAGGAGCGUCAGUUGUACUUACAAGAGUAUCAACGUAAUAACCAAAUACUUUUACCUUCCCCUUGGCAGCAUAAUAUAUCACCAAUAGAAAGAAUUCCUUAUUUGUUGAUGUCAUACUUACAAAUGCUUAUAAAUUUCAUUGCUUCAUUGUAUGGUAUAUAUCUUGUUUAUUGUUUGUUUCAGACGAUAAAUACGGACAUAAAAUCAAAAGUAGAGCAACAACAAACGAAUUUGAUGAUUAGCAUCGAGUCCUGUCGCCGAUCGUAUUACCAGAACGGUUGUGACGAUAAAGAUAACUUGGUCCCAUUGUUGGUAUCCAAAUGUCAAAAAUUUGAGAAAUGUAUGAAACAGGACCCUUACAAAUUGAGUAAUAUUUCAAUAAUGAGUGCUGAAAUUAUUGGAAUGAUCAUCAAUUCGUUAAUUGAACCUUUGAGUUUAAAAUUUUACUUGUUUAUGUUGGGAUUCAUAUUAAUUAUAUUUGCGUGUAACUUUACGUUUGGAUACAUUCGAGCCAAAGCAUAUUAUGGUGGUAGUACCAAGUAUGGCCAUGAAAAACUCGAUUAG